AUUGAACUGUUUGGAGUCGGCAGAAAAUGAAUACUCGUGGUCUUCGCUCUCAGCUGAAAGACAGUGUCCCGGUGGCGGGGCUUUGUCCACAGGCAGGAUCUUAUGGUGUUCCUGAUACCCUGCGCAGGGGGUUUUCUAGUGUCAAAAACGAGCUUCUCCCAUCUCAUCCUUUAGAAAUCUCUGAGAAAAGUUUCCAGCUUAACCAGGACAAAAUGAACUUUUCCACAUUAAGGAACAUCCAAGGACUCCAUGCACCCCUGAAACUCCAGAUGGAGUACAGAGCAGCCAGACAGAUUCAACGUUUGCCUUUUCUGCUGAGUUCCAACCUGGCCUUGGAUACACUCAGGGGUGCUGAUGAGUCCAUUGGAUUUGAGGACAUCCUUAAUGAUCCUGCACAGUGUGAGCUGAUGGGCGAGCCACAUAUUAUGACAGAGUACAAACUUGGACUGCUGUGAAGUCUAAGUUCAAGAUGCUUUAGAUUUUUAUUAGAAACAGAACAAAGUCUGUUUGGGUCAUUAAAUGUUUUGACCUUCUGCAUUUUUCAGUUUUUUCUGUUUAUAAUAAAAAUGUAAAUCAAUUAAA